AUGAUGCCAUCGGGAGACCUUGAGCAGCGAAUCCAGGUUCUUGAAGACAUUGAGGCGAUCAAGCGCCUCAAGCACAUGUACUGCGGCUAUUGCGAUGACCACUACGAUGCCGACGCCCUAGCCGACCUUUUCGUCGAAGACGCCGUGUGGGACGGCAGGGAGCGAGGCCGCAACGAGGGUCGGGAGGCCAUCAGGGCUUUCUUCAAGAACGCCCCGAACCGCCUGCCCUUUGCCAUCCACAUGGUGCUCAACCCGAUCAUCGAGGUAGACGGCGACCGGGCAACCGGCAUCUGGUACCUGUUCCAGCCCUGCACCUAUGCUGACGGCGGGAAGGCCGUGUGGGGUUCAGCCCGCUACGACGAAGAGUACGUCAGGGUGAACGGCGAGUGGAAGUUCCAGAACCUCACGCUGACAUCCCACUUCUGGACGCCAUUCGACGGCAAGGGCUGGGUGGAAACGCAGUUCGCCUAG